GGCACUAUAAAUAGUCGUCAUAAGAACGCGACUUCCUUUCCGGCGCAGGUCUAAUAGCAAGCUGCUAAGAUGUUGAUGCCCAAGAAGAAUCGCGUUGCCAUCUAUGAGCUCCUCUUCAAGGAGGGCGUGAUGGUGGCCAAAAAGGAUGUGCACCUCGCCAAGCACCCCGAGCUGGCAGACAAGAACGUCCCCAACCUUCACGUCAUGAAAGCCAUGCAGUCCCUGAAGUCUCGUGGCUACGUAAAGGAGCAGUUCGCUUGGCGCCACUUCUACUGGUACCUUACCAAUGAGGGCAUCCAGUACCUGAGAGACUUCCUUCACCUGCCCCCCGAGAUCGUGCCUGCCACUCUUCGCCGGCAGACCCGGCCCGAGACGGCACGGCCAAGGCCCAAAGGUCUGGAGGGGGAGCGGCCUGCUCGGCUGGCACGCGGGGAGGCGGACCGCGACACCUAUAGGCGAUCUGCGGCCCCACCUGGUGCAGACAAGAAGGCUGAAGCUGGGGCCGGAGCAGCCACUGAGUUCCAGUUUAGAGGUGGCUUCGGACGUGGGCGAGGACAGCAGCCUCAGUAACGUUUCUGUAAAAUAAAGUCUGAGCCAAUCUGU